GUCACUUCUAACCAAUCAGCGCUCUCUAAAUUGGAAUAACAAUAUGGCGGCCUUGUCGAAGUUAUUGAAAAUUUGUAUCAAAACAAAACAAGCCUAGCCAGUUUCAAGAUCUAUCUUCUACACAGAAUUGAGAUGCAGGUAGAAGAAUGGGGUCCAAUUGAAACAACUGAAGUAGCACCAUGGCUCAAACAAGUAGUGAUGAGGACUUGUUGCUGAAGAACGUGGCAGAUUUGCGCCGGAAGCUCAUUCGAACUGAACACAACUUGCAACUUCUUCAGACACCAGGACGAGAUCAUGAUAGAUACUUGGAUGACUUUGAGUACAAUGGGGUUCCAGAAGAAGAUGACCAGGUACCGGCCUUGACCCUGGAUGACCUGACUCCUGACCGUUUGGCCUCAUCAACAUCAUCCUUUAGAUCAGAUCGGAGUGACUACAGCCGAAAGAGCUCUAGAAACUCACGAUCCUCGACCACUCGACAGAGCAGCAGGAAAGAAAAGUAUGAAAGUGAACAGGACAUAUCAGCCCAGCCCUCCUCCACCUCUCUGAUGGGUGCAUCCGCCCUCGAUCAUGACGCAGCGGAGAACCGCCAUCUUCGCAAGAAGCUCAAGGCGAUCCGAGAGGACAACAGCAUACUGGUGGGAGAGAACCACAGUCUGCAGAACAGGAUAGAGAGCUCCCAGUAUGAGCUCAGACUUUCUAAAGGCCAGCUGAAGAUGCUGGGCAUUGAGAUGGAUGGGAGUAGGUCAACCGUUGCAAGCCUCAAGAAGAAGUGUGAUUCUCUGAAGACAGAACUCAAGGUCAACGGCUCUGCUCUCAGAUUGGCAGAGGAGAGUCUGGAUGAGAGCGGGAGGCAAUUAUCAGACAAGGAGUCUUUCAUUCAGAGUCAUCGCCAGGAUAUGAAGAAGAUCCGUUCCGAGCUGCUGGAAGAACAAAAGCUGAGAGACAGAAUGGAGAUGCAGAGAAAUGAAACGGCAAGGAAACUAGAAGAGCUGAGUGAAGAGCUUCACAAUUACAGAUCGGACACUCAGGCUCAACUAAUAAUGUUGGCAGCUUCUGAGGAGCACCUGAGAGGCAGUCUGGAGCACUGUGAUCGUGAGAGGGAGGAGUUACUAGAGAGGGCCACAUCCCUGGAGGAAGACCUACAGGACGCCAGAGAUGAGAUCAGAACCCUGAGGGAGUCCAACAACAGGCUGAGCCAGACGGAGACUGCCCUCAGCGGCUCCAGGCGGGAGGCGCAGGAGCACGUCACCAGGAUCCAGGACCUGGAGUCGGCACUCCUCACCCGAGACCGGGAGAACAAGGAGCUUACUGAGCUGACUGCAAGGCAGAGUGAGCGGCUCACAGAGUGUCAGGGUGACAUCGAGAACAGCCGUGAACAGCUGCAGAAGCUGGAAGGCAUGGUUGCUAAGAGUGCUGCAAGAGAGGGUUACAAAGGGGGAAAUUCCAGUGAGAGGCAGUCCUUCAAUGAUCUGGUCUCUGCACAAUCUGCUGGUCCGACCAGAGAUUCUGGCUUUGAAACUGAUAUGGAGAUAACAUCUACCAACAGUCAGACCAUAGUGUCUGAGCUCAGGUACCAGCUAGCAAUGAAAGAAGUGGAGAUCCAGCAUUUCAGGUCCUCUCAAUUCCCGGAUCACCAACCCAGCCUGUCAUCCGUACAGGGUGUGAGCACCAGUAGGAGUCCUACAAGUCUAAGGGCACAGCUAGCGGUUCUGAUGGAAAAGAGCAAGUUGGAGGAAAGGAAGGCGCUUGAACUGGAGAAGGUGAUUGGCUGCCUGAAAUCUGAAGCCACCAAAGUGACGAAUGAAAACAGCCGUCUCAAGCAGAAGCUGGCCGAUACUGAAUCAGGCCAAUCGUCUCUUCAAUCACGCAUGUUAUUACGAGAUGAUCAACUCACUCACCUUCACACAGAGAUUCAAGAGAAGUCUAGUCGUGUUAUCAACUUGGAGAAGGAGUUGAAGAAGGCCAAGGGCAAGUUGUCUGCACUGGAGACACAACUGGAAGACAAGACUUCAACCUUCUCAGUCCAUGUCGCUAAAAUAGACCAGCUACAGAGGGAACUUGAUGUGACAUCAACACAGCUAGCUGACACCAAAAAUGAACUGCUGAAGAAGGCAUCAUCCGAUGAGCUACAGUCUUCUCGCAUGGAGGAGACCAAGAGAGUGAACAGAGAGCAGUGUCAAGAACUACACCAUCAACUUGAUCUGAUGCAACGAAAGGUGGAACAGCAAUCACAAGAGAUGCUUUCACUGCAAGGAGAUAGAACUAAACUUCAGAGGGAGGCAAGCCAGAAAGAAGAACAGCUGAUGAAAAUCAAGAACAAUCUGGCUGAAAGUCAAAAGGAGUUAGUUAAUAAGGACGUGGAGAACCAGAAGCUUUGGAACACCCUCCAGAGCACGGCCGAUGAGGGAACCCUGAGACUCGCCCACCUGGAGUCUGCCCUGGAAGUAUGUAAGCAAGAACUCAACAUGUACAUCACACAGUUAGAGGAGGUCAACAAGAAACACCACCAAGAGAGGGCCUUCAAGGACAGAGAGAUUGCAGAUCUUGAGGAGAGGUGGAAGAAGGCCACCGUGGAGACGGAGGAGCGAGGGAUCAAGGUGGCGGAUCUGGAGCAAGCCUUGAGAGAAAGACAACAGAUGCUGCAGCAGAGUACAGAGAGAAUGUCUGAGCUGGAAGAUAGGGAGGCACAACUAGAACAACAGGUGUCCAAUCUGUCCAAGGAGUUGAGCCAGUUGAGGUCUACAUCAGCUCAGGAGGCUCAGCUCAUGGAGAAGAAGCUUCAUCAAGCCUGCAUGGACCUAGAGGAGAGGAACCACCAACUCGCACAGUAUAAGCAAGAACUCAGCUCCUCCCAUUCUGAGCUGGUGCAGUCACGGAGCAAGGUGACUGACCUGGAGGAGAUGCUGAGAGGCACCCGUCAGGACAGAGACAGUCAGGCAGAGAAGACCUCUCAGCUGGAGAAAGAGCUCCAUGCCAACAAGGUCCAGUUAGAAGAAGCGCAGAGUACAGUGAAAGAACUGGAGGAGGUGCUAGAGAGGACCCAGGAGGAAUCCAAGGCAUCCAAGGAGCACUGUCGCCACCUGGACACAGAGCUCCAGCAAGCCCAGGAGGAUCUGAGGGCCGCUGCCACCCAGCUGGGAGAGCUCCAUAGGCUCCUGCAGAGAAGCAAGGCGGAGAACAAGCUCAAGCAGGAGAGAGUGCAGGAGCUCAACGAGUCUCUCAGGAAGAGCCAGGAUGAGAUGAGGAGUAAGGAACGUGAUGUGGCAGAGAUAGAUCUAGCACUGAGAACAAGCCAAAGAGAGCUGCUACAGAGAUCUGCUCUGGUGAGCCAGUUGGAUGUGACAGUGAAGGAAAGACAGAGUGAGAUGGAGAGAGAGAUCCUGGAGCUAGAAAGCAGUCUCAACAAAGCCCAAUAUCAACUUAAACAGAGCAAGCAGCAGGUCUUUGGUUUAGAAGAGGAUCUGGAGAAAAAAACCAAGGAGAACCAUACGAAGAGGCUUCUGGUUCAAGACUUGGAACAGUCACUGCAAAGACAAACUGAUGAAAUCACACUCAAAUCCAGUGCUAUCAAAGAAAUCGAGAAAAGGGUAGAGGAGCUCUCAGAGGACCUGCAGGAGAGUAAGAGGGAGUACCUAGACCAGGGCCAGCAGCUUAGACUAAGCAGGGAACAGACCCAGCAGGCUCAUGUCAACAUCACUGAGCUACAGAGAGAGCUAGCCCAGGCCCAGAGAAAUCAGGACAACCUAACAAGUGAGUUACAGGAUGCCCUGGAGAUGUGUCGCAGGAAGGACCAGGACCUGGGACGGCUAGCGGAGGAGGUGGGGGCCACAAGGGCUCAGGAGCUGGCCCUUCAGGCCCAGUACACUUCAGAGCUCCAACAGAUUGCCAAGCUGAGAGAUGCAGAGGUGGACCAGAAGGAAGAUGAGGUCAGUGAGCUACAGCAGAGCCAUGCCCAGCUACUGGCUUCUCAUGACCAGUUAGACUCCUCCCACAGGCUCCAGAUCGCUCAGCUGAAGGAAGCUGAACAGGCAGCCAACCAGGCCCUGCACGAAACCACCAAACAAGUGGCUGGCUUGGAGGCUGAUCUAACAGCAUCCAAGGAAGUCAUCAAUGCUACUAAUGAAGCCAUGGUUAUUAAGGAAUCAGAGAUAGCUCGCCUGAAGGCAAAGUUGUCCGGCUACGAGCGUGCCAUGUUUGGCUCUCAGGCCGUGCUAGAUCCCCAUCCCCAUCAGAGUACAUCUCGGAGGAUAUCUUCCUUACCUACUAGUCCCUACACCUCUCCAUCCACCAACCCCCUAAACAUGAGCUGCACAUCCAACCAUCCAUCACCACCCAUUAGCCACUACAGAUAUGGAGGAAGCCCCGGGAGACUGAGCUACGAGUACCUGGAUCCUGAACGACCGUCUCUCGACACCCAGAGACCGAACAAGAUGGACCAAGUGGAGAGGUUGGCGACCGUUGAUCAUGCAGCAUCGGUGUCUCCUGGACAGAAAGAUUCUGUAGAUAUGUUGUUUACUCGUGAUGCAUCCUCAUCUCAAAGGAGAGCACAUGCCGUGAAUAUAGCUCAUACGUACGAAGGUGGUAGGACUGAAGAGAGUCACAGCAGAUCUCAGGUUGAACUGUCAAAGUGGAGUGAGAAAACGGUCAACCGAGCGAAUGUGAAGCUCGUUGAUAAAAUGGAUGCUCUGUCCGAGGUGACAGAACGCAGCUCGGUCAUAUCUGGAAUAGAGAGGCUAGCAGAAAAUGGUCAGGAGGGAGAGGAUCCUGGAACAUUCCAAGCAAUGCUGGACUUUGUGAACAGACAGAUUGUGGCCGAAACGGGCACUGCGCAACCAGUCAAUGACAUGGAUGAGAAUUGGUUGAACGUUGACGAUUUUUCUGAUAGUAACUUUUUAGUCAUGUCCAGCCAUAGCAGCGUUGUAUCUACUGAUCCUACAGGUUCCUCGUCUCCUCCCACCCCCCUCAAAACUGCCAACAGCUCACCGUCCUCUCAUUCUGUCCCUCGCUCGCCGAAGUCUCCCCGCAGGAGAAGUGGCAUACCACUCAGGAAGACCUCCUCACCGACCCGCAGAGCUCUCUUUUCAAAAGGAGGAAGCAGCCAGACUGCUGCUGGGAAGAAGAACAAAGGGAGGAAAGGAGGGCAGCAGUCAAAAUCUCCCAAUCUUCCUGAGAAAGAGAGAAGCUCCACAGAGACCACGCCUCUAAAGCAGAAGCUAGCCAAUCAGAGGGCUAAGCUAGCAUCGCAAGGCAAGGCACAACCAAAGAGCACCAACCAACAACUCAAGCCUACAGAAUAUAUUGCUGAUUUACAAGCCAAACUGAAAGCCAACGACGUCCGCAGGCAGAAGAUCGAUGAUGAACUUUUUGGUGUCAUUUAAACAUAUCAUUUGGAUCGUAAAGUCCAACAACAAUACCAACACUUAUAAACCACACAUAAUCACUACAUGAUCUGCUUACAUUUAUGAAUGCAAAAUUUUUUUAAUAAAAUUAUUGUAGAUUAUUUUAUCAAAGAUUGAUUUAUUUUCUACAGUUUCUUCCACAUUGGGUCUGUAUAACAAAGACAUCAAACUCUUCUCACUCUGUUGCUGGGUUGGUGGGUGGGUGGGUAGACAGUUAAUGCAUUAACUUAUUCCCUGGAGUGCCUCAGGAUGGUCUAUUAGGUACUGUUUUAUUCUAAUAGCAAUAAAAAGUCUAUUCAUUAUUUAGAUUUGAAAGACCGUCUCUGCCAUGUAUAUGCAUUAACUUAGUCACCAGAGUGCCUCAGGAUAGUCUAUUAGGUACUGUUUUAUUCUAAUAGCAAUAAAAAGUCAUUUCAUCUUUGUGAUUUGAAGGACUGCCUCUGCCAUGUUUCAGCUUGCCUUAGAAAAUAAAGUUGUUCAAUCAAUACAUAUCAUCUGGGCCCCGUCUUAUAAAGAGUUAUGAUUGAUCCAAAUCAAUCGUAAGUCCUCCAAUCAAUCGCAAGUUUGCAGUCUCUUAUCUAUUUAUGUCAUAGUUGCGAUUGAUAUCAAUCAGAAAUAAGUUGCGAUUGAUAUCAAAUCAUUAUAAAACGGGGCGCAGUUCAGUGUCAGAAGGGCACUAACUCUGCACUUAAGUGUAUGAAUUAACACCCUUCUGGCUCCAAACAGACGAUAUAUAUAUAAAAUGCAGGUGACCACUCGCACCUGUUUGUGUGAUUUAUCCUAUUGGCCCGAAUUCACAAAGGAGGUUUAAUUAAUUAAAUCAUGGUCUAAGCCGAGGUUUAAACCCCUACCAAGGUGUAAAAAAAAUGGGGGGAAAUAUGCGGAUACCAGUAAUCAUAUGCACAUGAGGACAUGCACAUACAUGUACUAGGCCUGCUAGUUAUUUUUAUGGAGGUUAAAAGGCAGGUUAUUCUACUGACUGUACUUCAGAUUAACGUAUACUGCCACCUGUUGCUCACAAGUUCCCAAUGUGUCAACAUCCAUGCCCUGCAAUGCAUCACUAACUGAUCAGGUGCACAUGAUGGUGCUUGUGUACAGGAAGUCAAAAUGGCUCUAUGUACCGCCUUCGCUGAAAGAUGGCGCAAUUGAAAAUACAUAACAGCAGUGGUAGGGAUGUCAGUAAAAUUACUACUGCUUUAAACCAUGGAUUGAGAUAAAACUCCUUUGUGAAUUUAGGCCAUUAAUAUUAUGCUUAUAUGUGUGUUGUGUCUCUCAUGUACAUUGAGUUCGUAGAAAACAAAAUACGCAACUUCUAAAGUGUUCCUCACCAACAUUCUUUUCUUGAAAUCGGAAUUUGAAAACAACAUCUCUGUCCAUGACUAUUUAAUAUACAUGUAUGUGUACAUUUUCUAGUGGUUUUUUUGUUGUUGGUUUAUUUGUGAUUUAACAAUGUAUAGCAUGACAUCUUGGUGUGUGUACAUGUAUUCAUAUAUUUCAAUUAGCAGCAGAAAUCAUUCCAGUGAUCUUAUACUUGGAUCGAUACAAGCAUUUCUACCCUCCUGCUCAAAUGAGUUAGAUUGUCUGUAGCUAUUCAUCAACAUUCCAAUUCAUCCAUGCCAUUUUGGUGUACCAUUUGAUAUGAUAUGAUAUGAGCAUGACCUAUAAGAUUCUUCAGGAAAUGAUUUGAGAAAAGAGGGUCAGUAUUUAAAGUAGUCACCCAAAGAAAAUCAAGACAAAUGAUAAUUAUGGACAAAUUAUAUAUGGUUGGAAAGAUUUUCUCUUGAAAAACACGAAUAAUUAUCUGAAAAAUCAUAUAAAUAUCAUGGAAAGGCGUAAAAUGCUGCUUUGUGGCUAGCUGUGUCUUGCAUGAGACGUCACAAAUCUUGACACUACGGAGGACCGCUGAAGGCAGACAAUCUGGAUCUCAAAAUUAACAUUUUUGAGAGAUAAUUACUUUGGGCCCCAAACAUAUUUUGAAGAGAGAAGUUAUUCCCCUUCAUCAUGAUAUGAAUUUUGCGUCAUUCAAAACACUUUUGAUUCUUCGGGUGACUACUUUAAGGGAGUAAUUAGUUAGAUUUGUUGAUGGCCAAAUAUUAAAUGAUUUUAAUUGUAUCCCAAAUGAAGUAAGUACAUGCUUCCCCUUCUAGCAUUCCAACAAGAUUUCUACAGCAAUUAAUUUAUUUGUAUAGAAAUUAUAGAACAUAUUACAUGUACAUAGAAAAUGCAACAACAAAAAAAGAGAAAAUUUGAAAGAAAAUAAAUUUCUUGACUGAUGAAUAUAGAGUAAAAACUACAAA